UCUGUGGGACUCGGUAGAAGCAAAUGCGUCUGUAUCCUUUUUGGCCUCUUUCGCGUUCCGUCCAAAGCACAGUCUCCAACUCGAAGUAGCCUCUGGUCAGAAACUUAGACGAUCAACGUAAAUGUUUCUACAAUAAACUACCUUUUUAAUCUCUAGCUCGUCUCCUCAUGGCAGAGCUCUAUUAUGUUGGGGUGGACGUGGGUACUGCCAGCGUGAGGGCUGCACUGGUGACCAGAGAGGGCCUGCUGAAGAGCUCUGCAGAGGAGCCCAUCAGCAUCUGGGAGCCCCAGUCUGACCACUACGUCCAGUCAUCCACUGAGAUCUGGGAGAAAUGUUGCACCGUUGUCAAGAAAGUUACCCACGGUGUGGAGAGGAACUGCGUUCGGGGGGUUGGCUUUGACGCCACCUGCUCUCUGGUGGUUUUGGACCAAAACUUUCAGCCUGUGCCAGUCACUCAGGAUGGUGACACACAAAGGAACGUGGUGAUGUGGAUGGACCAUCGAGCUGCAGAGCAGGCUGCUCGUAUAACAAACACAGGCCACAGGGUCCUGAGCAGGGUGGGAGGGGUCAUGUCACCAGAGAUGCAACCUCCUAAGUUGCUCUGGCUCAAAGAGAAUCUAAAAGAAAGCUGUUGGAACAAAGCCACUCACUUUUUCGAUCUACCAGACUUCUUGUCUUGGAAGGCAACUGGCUCUUUUACAAGGUCUUUAUGUACUCUUGUUUGUAAAUGGACAUACUGCCCCCCAGAAGGAUGGGACGCCAGCUUUUGGACAAGUAUUGGACUGGAGGACCUCCUGGAAAAUAACUUUUCCAAAAUAGGCAGCGAGACGUGUCCUCCAGGAAGUCCUUUGGGAGAUGGUCUCACCCGAGAGGCUGCGGCAGAUUUGGGUUUGGACCCAGGAACUGCAGUUGGUUCUUCUCUCAUCGAUGCUCAUGCUGGAGGCCUAGGUGUUAUAGGUGCUGAUGUGAGAGGGUUUCACUUGCCUUGUGAGGACCAGCCGAUCACCGCACGUAUGGCGAUGAUAUGUGGGACGUCGACUUGCCACAUGGCGAUCAGUGAGCAGCCUCUGUUUGUGCCAGGAGUGUGGGGACCCUGCCUGUCCGCCAUGGUGCCUGGCAUGUGGCUCAACGAGGGAGGACAGAGCGCCACGGGAAGGCUGAUUGACCAUGUGGUGAAGGGCCACGCUGCGUACACCCAGCUCCAGGAAGAGGCACGGCCGAGCAGCAACGUCUACAGCUUCCUGAACAGCCGCUUGAGUUUGAUGGCUAACUCCGGUUCUGCCCUCGACCUGCUGGGAUCCAGUCUUCACGUGUGGCCAGACUUCCACGGGAACAGGUCGCCCCUGGCUGACCCCACUUUGAAGGGCAUGGUGAUUGGACUGUCUCUCUCCCAGACCUUGGAUGAUUUGGCCCUGCUCUAUCUGGCCACCAUUCAAGCCCUCGCUCUUGGUACACGUCAUAUUUUGGAGGCUAUGAAAGAAGCAGGACAUGACAUCAGAACCCUCUUCCUGUGCGGGGGGUUGAGCAAAAAUGACCUGUUUGUUCAGAUUCAAGCCAAUGCUACAGGGUUGCCUGUAGUGCUGCCAAAUCAGACGGAGGCUGUGUUAGUGGGAGCAGCAGUCCUUGGGGCGUGUGCGUCACGUGAUUACAGCACUAUACAGGAGGCGAUGGAGAAAAUGGCUAAAGUGGGGAAAGUUGUUCAGCCUGAUUAUGAACUCCAAAGCUUCUAUGAGAGAAAGUACGAGGUGUUCCGGCGACUGUUUUCCCACCAGAGGGAGUACCAGGCCCUCAUGAACCAGAGAUGACUGUGCUGGUGGGAGGAGGCUGAGCUGGAAGUGACUCUCGGUGAUGUAACUGUGAUGACAAGUCUGCACGCUGGAAAGUAGAGCAGAUGUCUUAACGUUGCCGUUUUUCUUAAGCGUAAAGAUACAUUUUUUUUUUUCUCUCAGUAACCCAAAGGGAAGCGGUUAUGAGUCUGGUUCUGAGAACCGUGUAUUAAUGAUAGCAUCAGAUAGCUAAACUCUGCCAGCACACGACUGGAGAUAAGACCUCUGUGCAGACAACUGGCACACCGUCGGCCUUUCACAGUCAUGGUUUUAGCCUCCCAGUGAGAGCUGUUUCACGGUUUGACUGCAAAGAGACCACUCGGCUCAGUCGCCCAUCGCUGUUAUUUUCAAAUGCAUUCCUAAUAAAUAUUUUAAAAGGUGAA